CAUGGCUCUACUGAAAAAGUGCUUCCUCUCUGCGUUGGGACUCUUGUUGGCGUACUAUUUCUACCCAGCCACUGAUAGCUUCAGACCUGAUUCCUCUGAACCUUGCCAUCUUUGGGUUGAAAACCAACUUUGGACAUCCUACAUAAACAUGCUUUCAGAGCUGCCAGUGGAAUACUUUGUAUCCUGGGAGACCACCAAAUUUAGCUCAUUUUAAAAGAUGUCAAGAAUUGAUUGAGAGGAUUCUGUCACAAAAGUCAAGGAGCCAGCCACUCUCUUCCCUAUAGUCUUUGCUGAAAGAGGGUUAGAAGGUAUAUUCUCCUGAAAAGUUCCAGGAUAAGAUACGUGAGAUUAUUUCUGCCAAUAAUGUUCCUUGUUGCCAUCUUGGGCUUUCUAGAGAUGCUCCAAGGGAAAAGGGUAAUUGUCACUGGUGCCAGCACAGGCAUUGGAGAACAAAUAGCCUAUCACCUAGCACGGAUGGGAGCCCACUUGGUGGUGACAGCACGGACUGAGGCAAAGCUGAAGAAAGUCAUCUCUGAAUGUUUGAAACUAGGAGCAGCCUCAGCACACUUCAUCCCUGGAACCAUGGAGGACUUAGUUUUUGCAGAGCAAGUAGUCACUAAGGCAGGAAAGCUGAUGGGGGGAUUGGACAUGCUCAUCCUCAACCAUAUAGCACCUGUAAAUUUGAGGUUUUUUAAUGGUGAUGUUGCCAGCAUUCGCAAAGUAAUGGAUAUCAACUUCUUUAGUUAUAUAACCAUGACAUCAGCUGCCCUACCCAUGCUGAAAGUCACCAAUGGAAGCAUCGUGGUGGUCUCCUCAAUAGCAGGGAAACUAAUUACACCACUUAUUGCUGACUACUCGGCAGCCAAGUUUGCUCUAGAUGGAUUCUAUUCUUCACUGCAAAAAGAAUUACAACUAAUGAACGUCAACAUAUCCAUCACACUCUGCAUCCUUGGCUUCAUAAACACAGAUUCAGCUGUAAAAUCUCUUUCUGGGAUUGUGGAAAAUAUAACUCCAUCUCCAAAGGAGGAAUGUGCAGUAGAGAUCAUUAAAGGGGGAGCUUUGCGUCAGAAAGUAAUAGCUUACCCAUCCUCUAUCUAUAUCUCAAUGUGGAAUCCAAUUCGAACAAUACAGGAAUAUUUUAUAUUAUUAACAUACAACAUAGAUAACAUUACAAGAAAUCAACAGUUCUCUUAGCACUGGGAGCUUGGAUAGGCACUUAGCCAGGACUGUAAGACUGUUUCAUUGUUUUUCAUAGAAGCAAAAUCUCCAACAAUAUAGAAAGAUAAAUUCUGGACCUUUCGCAAUGCCUCAGAGACAUGAGACUAAGGGCAUUGGCUGUGGUUAACCAUCUAAUGAUGUGGCAGAAACAAUGUGGCAUGGCAGACAGAGAGAUAGCUUCAGAGGCAGGAAGCCUUCAGGUCAAAUCCUAAUGUAUACUGGCUGUGUGACUCUUGGCAAAUCACUUACAUUUUUCAGCACUCCGGCACCUCUCCAAGAUUAAAAAUUUCACAACAGCUAGUGAAGGGAGUACCUCAUACAAGAGUUCUCCACACUGAUGAAAUCACAAAUCAAGACCAAAAAAAAACCAAAACAAAACCCUAAACUAAUACUCUCUCACGAAACAGAAUUUUUGAGGUCACCAGCACCCUUUUUCUUCAGAUUUCAUCAUGGUUCAGACUAAAAGUUUGGAAGUAAAUCAUCAGGGUAGAAGGAGAAGGGGAGGGAAUAAACAAAGAUUUUGCCAAUAAAAAAAUUUUCCAAAAA